GGAGCACUGAGAUGGGCCCCUUGGCUUCCGUUGCCCUUGGCCUCCUUGGCUACCUCGCCGCCAGCCCUUUCCUAGAAGCCGCUGAAGAAGAGCCUGUGGCCUACUCCAACCCCUGCCCGGAGCACUGGCUCUUCUAUGAGGGCAGCUGCUACGGCUACUUCCCCGACAAGAAAUGCUGGAAGGAGGCUGAGAGUGCGUGUCAGGAAAUGGGAGCUCACCUGGCCUCCAUCCAGAGCAAGGGAGAAUGCUGCCACCUCAGGAAGUACCUGUCCAGGUAUCGGCCUGAUGGGGAUGUCUGGAUUGGGCUGCAUAAUCCAAAGAAGUCUCUAGGCAGCACCGACGCCUGGCAGUGGAGUGACGGCUCCUUCUUCGACCACAGCCAGUGGAGUGAGGGGCAGCCGAACAAUUACGGGAAGGUUGGCGAGUUUUGCACGGAGCUGUGGAAAUCCACUGGUUUCCGGAAGUGGAACGACGAGAGCUGCCGCCGUGAGAACAGCUUUGUGUGCAAGUACGAGCUGGCAGGGGAGCAGGGGGGCGCUGCCUGCGAGUGACGCCUGGCGCCGGGCCCAGUGGCAGAGCCUUCGCCCCCCAGCGGGGCUGCUCUCAGGCUCUUCAGCACUUUCGGAAGCCAGCAGUUCAGA